UUAUUCCCUUUGUCUCUGCUUGUCAUUCUUCUCUCUCCUUCCUGCUUUGGAUUUCUUUACUCGUAAGAUGGCGUCGGAGCUCGGAUCAACGACCGAGAAGCUUUCACAGCUUGGCAUUAAUGGAGAUUGGGCUGCUUCCACCCCUAAUCUACAGAAGAAUCUCGGCAUUCUUUCGUCGCACCAGAUUGCGCUUGCAAAGUUGUUGUUGGAUAUGGGCCAGACUCAUCUUUUUGAGCACUGGCCUGAGCCAGGCAUUGAUGACGAAGAGAAAAAAAGCUUCUUUGAUCAGGUUUCUCGGCUUAAUGCAAGCUAUCCACGUGGUUUGGGAGCCUAUAUUCAAAAUGCUAGGAGACUUCUGGCAGAUUCCAAAGCGGGGAAAAAUCCAUUUGAUGGUUUUACUCCUUCUGUUCCAUCAGGAGAGGUUCUGAAAUUCGGUGAUGAUAACUUUGCAAAGUUUGAAGAGGCUGGUGUCAGGGAGUCAUGCAAAGCUGCCUUUGUCCUUGUUGCAGGUGGGCUUGGGGAACGUCUAGGGUACAAUGGAAUAAAGGUGGCUCUUCCUUCAGAGUCCACAACAGGAACAUGCUUCUUGCAGCACUACAUAGAAUCAAUUCUUGCUCUGCAGGAAGCUAGCUGUAAAUUGACAGAAGGCCAAUCCCAAACUGAGGUACCUUUGGCAAUAAUGACAUCAGAUGACACACACUCACGUACUUUGGAGCUUUUAGAGUCGAAUGCUUAUUUUGGAAUGAAGCCAUCACAAGUGAAACUACUAAAACAGGAAAAAGUUGCAUGCUUAGAUGAUAAUGAUGGUAGGCUUGCAGUAGACGCCAAGAACAAAUAUAGAAUUCAGACAAAACCCCAUGGCCAUGGUGAUGUGCAUGCACUUCUUUACUCCAGCGGCCUGCUAAAUGUAUGGCAUGAUGCUGGUCUAAAAUGGGUACUAUUUUUCCAAGAUACUAAUGGGCUUCUCUUCAAUGCAAUUCCCGCAGCACUUGGUGUAAGCUCUAGCAAACAAUAUCAUGUUAAUUCUCUCGCUGUUCCUCGCAAAGCAAAAGAAUCUAUCGGGGGAAUCACCAAGCUUACCCAUGCUGAUGGGAGGAUGAUGGUGAUCAAUGUGGAAUAUAAUCAGCUUGAUCCUCUACUUAGGGCAACUGGUUAUGCUGAUGGAGAUGCGAAUUGCGAAACGGGUUAUUCUCCUUUCCCUGGAAAUAUUAACCAGUUAAUUUUGGAACUAGAUCCUUACAUCAAAGAACUCAAAAAAACAGGAGGUGCCAUUGAAGAGUUUGUCAAUCCCAAAUACAAAGAUUCUAGCAAGACUUCAUUCAAGUCUUCCACUCGUUUGGAGUGUAUGAUGCAAGAUUAUCCCAAAACAUUGCCUCCAUCAGCAAGGGUUGGAUUCACAGUGAUGGAUAAAUGGCUUGCUUAUGCACCAGUGAAGAACAAUCCUGAAGAUGCAGCGAGGGUACCAAAGGGAAACCCAAACCACAGUGCAACUUCUGGGGAAAUGGCUAUCUAUCGGGCACACAGCCUCAUUCUUAGGAAGGUUGGUGUCCAGAUAGAUGAUCCUGUACUUCAGGUAUUCAACGGACAAGAGGUUGAAGUAUGGUCUCGUAUCGUAUGGAAACCAAAAUGGGCGCUGACUUUUGCUGAUGUGAAAAACAAAAUUGGAGGUAGCUGUUCUAUCUCACAGAGGUCCACAAUGGUCCUAAAUGGGCCUAAUGUGUUUAUUGAAGAUCUCUCUUUGGAUGGCGCUCUCAUUGUCAAUUCAGUUGAAGAUGCAGAGGUUAAAGUGGGAGGUCCUGUGCAAAACAAAGGGUGGGUCCUGGAACAAGUUGAUUAUAAGGACGCUUCAGUGCCUGAAGAAAUAAGGACCAGGGGUUUCAAAAUUAACAAGAUUGAACAGUGGGAGCUGAAUUACACCAAGCCUGGGAGUGUUUCAUUUAAGCCUUGAAGGGUUCCUAAGGAAGGUGGUGAAGAGUUGGUUAUUUAAUAAGGACUAAAUUUUUUGUUAAUUCCAAAUAAAACUGCCUUAUAGUUAUUGAGCUUCAAAAGUGUGUUCAUUUUAAAACAAAUUUUGAAGACAUCACCUAUAUUUUUUUUUCUUGUAUUGAUAGGAUCAUUAUGUGUUA